AUGGAGCAUUUUGAAUCGUUUGCACACAUAGAGCUGCUACAGACUGAGCAAGAUUUUUCUUACUCUUUGGCCUGGAAACCAAAAAUGCUGAAUUUGCAGACAUCAAAAUGCUUCCUUGGGUCGCAACCUCACCGUCAAAACUUCACUUUUGAAUCGAUGCCAAGCGAGCGUUGCCUCUGUGCUGCUUCUGUGCUGCCUUAA